UCUUUCAAGCGAAGCUCAUUGACACAGUAUCGUGAAAUGAAGUUUAUCCCGUCCAUUUUAUUCACCCUAUUUAUGACAGUUAAACAGUCUUUACCCAUUAGUUUCUCAUACCAAGAAGUUGAUGACUACGAGAUCAAAAAGUUCUUGAAUACGACAGAGCCUAUAUGGACGUUCAACACAACCGCGUACAGAAGGCGCCUCUGCAAAGUGGAUUUAAUGCUUCAAAAUGACGGAGGAACAAAUCAUUUUCAAUAGGUCUUACUUCAGAACACGGCGCAACGUUACAUCAACGAAGACUGUCACGGGGAAGUUCAGUGAGGAAUUUGAAGACGAGAUGACUACCGGCCCAAAAGGUUCUGUAGUCGUUGCACUAGAACAACUUUUUUACGCUAACGAAGCUCACACAUGUGGAAUAUUUAUGGUGAUUCCAGAACCCUUCGGUGCGUACCCUUAUUACGAUCUGCGUGUUAAAAAUUCGUCCAUCUUAAGAGGCAGAAGUGGCAUCGACCCUAAUUGUACCAUAGAAUUCGACGGCAUCGGCCCACCAGGUCAAGUUGCUUAUGAGCCUUGGUGUCAAGAAAUCAUGUUCCCAAGGCGUCGUUUCAGCUAGUUGACAAAUACAACUAGCUCUAUGCUCACCUACAAAACUGCACAGAGUUCGCCAUCAAUUCACAAUGUUGUUUCCAACAGCAAAGAAGCAGCAGUCAGAAACAGCUAUUAUCAUGUAUUCAUUGCUUUGUAAUCUACUUAUUACAUGAAUUUUCUUGUUCUACCCCACAAUGAGAAUAAAAAA